AUCUGGAAGCUGUGCAGGCUGUGGGUUUUGAAAGUAACAUGGCUUCCCAGUCUGAUCUGAUGGAGCUGGACAUGGCCAUGGAGCCUGACCGGAAGGCUGCAGUGAGCCACUGGCAGCAACAGUCGUACCUGGACUCUGGUAUCCACUCAGGGGCUACCACCACCGCCCCCUCCCUGAGUGGGAAGGGCAACCCAGAGGAGGAGGAUGUAGAUAACCAGGUGCUGUACGAGUGGGAGCAGGGCUUCUCUCAGUCCUUCACACAAGAUCAAGUGUCAGACAUUGACGGGCAGUAUGCCAUGACCAGAGCCCAGAGGGUGCGUGCGGCCAUGUUUCCAGAGACCCUGGACGAGGGCAUGCAGCUCCCCUCCACCCAGUUUGAUGGGGCCCACCCCACCAAUGUGCAGCGGCUGGCUGAGCCCUCUCAGAUGCUGAAGCAUGCCGUGGUGAACCUCAUCAACUAUCAGGAUGACGCCGAGCUGGCCACGCGUGCCAUCCCUGAGCUGACCAAACUACUCAACGAUGAGGACCAGGUGGUGGUGAACAAGGCUGCAGUGAUGGUGCACCAGUUGUCCAAGAAGGAGGCUAGCCGCCACGCCAUCAUGCGCUCCCCCCAGAUGGUGUCGGCAAUCGUGCGCACCAUGCAGAACACCAACGAUGUGGAGACAGCCCGCUGCACCGCCGGCACCCUGCACAACCUGUCCCACCACAGAGAGGGUCUGCUGGCCAUCUUCAAGUCCGGGGGCAUCCCCGCCCUUGUCAAAAUGCUUGGGUCCCCAGUGGACUCAGUGCUGUUCUACGCCAUCACCACCCUACACAACCUGCUGCUCCACCAGGAGGGUGCCAAGAUGGCCGUGCGUCUGGCCGGGGGCCUGCAGAAAAUGGUGGCCUUGCUCAACAAGACAAACGUCAAAUUCCUCGCCAUCACAACAGAUUGCCUUCAGAUUCUUGCCUACGGCAACCAAGAAAGCAAGCUUAUCAUCCUGGCCAGCGGUGGGCCCCAGGCCCUGGUCAACAUCAUGAGGACAUACACAUAUGAAAAGCUGUUGUGGACUACCAGUAGAGUUCUCAAAGUGCUCUCUGUCUGCUCCAGCAACAAGCCUGCCAUCGUAGAGGCUGGUGGUAUGCAGGCUCUUGGUCUUCACCUCACAGACCCCAGUCAGAGACUAGUCCAGAACUGCCUGUGGACCCUCAGGAACCUGUCAGACGCUGCCACCAAACAGACGACCUUAGCUGAAGUAGAUGUGAUGCAGGAGGGUAUGGAAGGUCUGCUGGGGACCCUGGUCCAGCUCCUGGGCUCUGAUGACAUCAACGUGGUGACGUGUGCUGCCGGCAUACUGUCCAACCUCACCUGCAACAACUACAAGAACAAGAUGAUGGUGUGUCAGGUUGGGGGGAUUGAGGCGCUGGUCCGUACCGUGCUGCGUGCCGGAGACCGCGAGGACAUCACUGAGCCGGCCAUCUGCGCCCUGCGCCACCUCACCAGCCGCCACCAGGAUGCUGAGAUGGCCCAGAAUGCUGUGCGGCUUCACUACGGCCUACCUGUGGUGGUCAAGCUGCUGCAUCCCCCCCACUGGCCCCUCAUCAAGGUAAUGUUUGUUUUAUGA